CCACGUUUUUUUACCGAUGUGCAGAUCACCGCCGUGGCUCUUACGAAAAUGCUACGUCAUGUGGCCGACGGUGUUCCUUUGGAAGUGAUGGGCUACCUUCAAGGAUUUGUUCGUGGCACGACGAUGGUCGUCAUGGAUGCGUUUGCCUUGCCGGUAAAGGGCACGGAGACGCGCGUGAACGCCCACGAGGAGGCGCUCGAAUUCAGCGUUCAAUACCAGACGCUGUGCAAGGCUGUGCAUCGGCCCGAAUACGUCAUCGGCUGGUACCACUCCCAUCCAAACUACGGCUGCUGGCUGUCAGGCAUUGAUGUGGAGACACAGCGACAAAACCAGCGCUUUCAGGAUCCGUUCGUCGCGAUUGUUGUCGAUCCAAUUCGUUCGCGUACCGGUUCCUCUGUCGAUAUUGCUGCUUUUCGAACGUUCCCGGUGGAAUAUGUACGCAAAAUCCCGUCCCACGUUUCCCACAUGAAGUCGUUCCCGUCGGCUACCCCGCAGCCUAGUAUGCCCGCAUCCAAGGUCGAAGACUACGGUGUUCAUGCCAAUGACUACUACGAAUUGCCCAUUCAAAUCGUGCAGUCGUCGGCUGAGAAACGUGUGACCGAGUAUCUUGCUUCCUGUAACUGGGCGUAUGGAUUUUCACAGCCCACGCUCCUGCAGGAUGCGCCACAUCUACUCCGCAGGGAGCGUGCCCUGGCCGACCGUUUAAAGUCUGCUGCGAACGGUGAGAUUUCUGUGCAGGCUGCCUUGCAACGGGAUUCUCAGCUGUUUGAGGACAACGAGGCGGUCAUCCAUGGGCUAAAAUUACGCGAUCGUCUGGCUUCGUCUGACAGUGUCUCGAGCAGCGGUGGACAUACAGAACGUUUGAGUUGA